CAUCUUCCUAGCUCUCUGCUGCUCUCUAGCCUACACACUUUUCAGUCUGAAAGGGAAGACUGCAAGAGAAGGGAGGGUCGUUCCUAGACGACAUUAACUGGAGAAAAACAAAAGGUUUUGGCUAGAUCAGCUGAGCUGGAGAACUUCGCAUCCGAUGCGACUCGGUGCCGGCGACUUCCAGGGCACGAGCGGGUGCCCUGGGGCCCCGGGCCCGCCCCUCCACACUGGUGUUCCUCCUGCCCCCGCGGGCCUCACGGUGUGCUGUGCACCACACGCGGCAGAGGGCUCGGCCUCCGCCCUGCGGGACUUCCUCCCCAAUCCACCCCACGCUUCCACUCAGCAGCUGAGCGACGAGGGAAGGGACAACCGAGGUCGAAGUACAGAACAAUUGAUCGAUGAAGCAACUUCUCUGCAGAGACUCAUCCUGGAGUUAGAGAUAUGGUCCCAGAAAUCCGUCAUGUGGACAGCAGAAAUGCUUCCCAAGAGAGACCAAAAGAAGGCAUCCAGUACCUUGGAACUGGAGUUACAUGUGGUUGUGAGCUGUCACAUGGGUGCUGGGAAUGGAAUGCAAGUCCUCUGCAGCAGCAAGUGCUCUGAACUGCUGAGUCAUCUCUCAACGGUGCAGGUGGUGCCACACUGUGAGUGGACCACAAUGAGUACUAUCAAGGUUCACGAGACCAUUCAUGAGGCAAGGGUGCUUUCUGCCGAACCACUCAAGUCCUCUGAUUACCUCUGUGGGAAGAGAAGAGGUCUACUGGUGAAGCAGUUUACAGGGACAGCAACCUGGGACUUCCUCACCUAAGGAUUUGAAGACAUCGGGACUGGCGUACUUGCCAUCGAAGUACACGGUGUUGUUCUGAGAGUCAAAGGCACGGCACAUUCUGAUGAACA